GCCGCCUCGUACUUCAACGGCGACAAUAAAAACUAAAGGGCCUGCAUCAUGCGCGCUAUCUGACGUCGUGAUUGAGAGUAUUUGAAGAUCGGCCAACAAGCAGUCGAAAGUUUCUUGAAAGAAAUUUCCAUCACAUAAAUACACUUUCUGCGCUCAUGAUUUGGAAUAUGGGUGAAAAACUAGAAUCUCGUGUUAGAGAAGCACUAUAUGUUAUUAGAAAACGCCUUUGCCAGUCUGAAAAUCGGCCGCAUAUACAUGGUUUUCAAGACGAAAGAAGGCGCCUCCUCGAGCUUCUUCAGAGGACAGCCAAACUUGGCGAGAGCAACUCGGUUUUGAUUGUAGGAUCAAGAGGCAGUGGAAAGUCAAUGCUUCUGAAAAGUUGUCUCGAUGAGCUACACGCAGACAAAGAAGCUACGCACAACCUUCUGGAGGUACAUUUAAAUGGUCUCCUCCAGACAGAUGACAAAAUAGCUCUGAAAGAAAUUACUCGCCAGUUACAAUUAGAGAAUGUUGUUGGCGACAAAGUGUUUGGCUCAUUUGCGGAAAAUUUACAGUUUCUACUUGAUGCGCUAAAAAGUGGUGACCAGGACACCAAAUCGGUGCUGUUUAUCUUGGACGAGUUUGAUUUAUUCUCAAGCCAUAAGAACCAGACGUUACUCUACAAUCUAUUCGAUACGUCACAGUCUGCUCAAACGCCAGUUUGUAUUGUUGGACUCACAUGUAGAUUGGAUGUUGUUGAACUUCUCGAGAAACGUGUCAAGUCACGGUUUUCCCAUCGUCAGAUCUAUCUCUUCAAUACGUUCAAAUACGAGGACUACGUUGAAAUCUUCUAUGCAUACCUCACGCUUCCCGAAGACUUCUCGUCGAAAAGUUUCAUGAGGGCUUGGAAUAAACAAAUACUGGAUUUAAUCGAAGACAAGACUGUGCAAGACGUGUUAAAGAGACAGUUCCACUUUAGUAAAGACUUCCGGAGCCUGCAGACAUUAUUGCUUAUUCCACUGUGUCAGUUGUCUGCAGAACAUCCCUACCUGGAGCCUGCCAACAUAAAGAAAGCUGCCAAACAUCUCAAACAAGACUCAAAGACUGCCAUGCUACAUGGCAUCUCUAUCCUCGAGCUGUGUCUGAUCAUCGCCAUGAAGCACCUAAACGACAUCUACCACGGCGAACCCUUCAACUUUGAGAUGGUGUACAACGAGUAUCAAAAGUUUGCUCAGAAGCGAUCCUCAAUGCAGAUGUUCGAGAGAGCUGUGGUACUAAAGGCCUUUGAACAUCUUCUUGCCCUCGAGUUUGUUCGUCCAAUGGAUGGUGGUGGGUCGCGGAUGCAGAAAGAAUACAGACUUAUGACAUUGCUUUUUGAUAAUGCGCAGAUAAAUGAUGCUCUACAAAAAUAUCAUGGAUGUCCCACGGAAAUCAAACAGUGGGCACAAAGUGCGCUGGCAUGAGAAUGUGUGUUGUGAUUAAGAGAGUGACAUGGAUUUGAUAGGUGUUUGACAAUUUGCAUUUAUAUGUCGCCAAGUCAAACACGACCUCAACCCUGAGGUGUGGGUAGACGCAUUUGUCACACGGAGACCACCAGUCGGACCCCCUAUAGCUUAUACUGCCUACAUUGUAUAUGAUACCACUUUUAAAACAACAAUUUAGCCUGAUCAUUGCCAAUACUGCCUUCUGUCUGAUGCCUUCUGAUGUCUU